AUGGUGGAUAUAAUUACCUCUGCACAGAUCACAUCUCCUAGAAAUAAACCAUCCAUUAGUUUAACAGCACCAAUUAUCUCUAUCUCUGCAUCAUCUUCCCUUGACUAGGAGAAUUCCAAUGAGGCUUUAGAUCUGAGUUAUUAAAAUAAUAGUAUAGAAAUUAUUGGGAAUAACUGGGAUUGUGUGGGAGAUGAAUCAACCAUAGAAAUCUUACAAGACUUCAAUUUAAAUGGCCAAGAGAAUACCUAACCAAACUAAAUCCAUCUCUUCAAUCAAGAUGGUUAGGAUCAAAACUUUACUAAUGCAGCUAAAAAGCAAACUAUUAAGUUGGGACUUACAUCAGGAGGAUAGAAUUUCCUGUCAAAGGUUAAAACUAACACAAUUAAGCUUUUUUAAAAGCAAUCUAUUAUCUCUGAAGAGUCGGCAUCUUAAUGCUAGACCUCUAUGGAGCCUUCUUCAUUCAAAAAUUUAUCGCCUUUGAAAAUUGAAGGGCUAUCAAAUGAUAUGAUGUUCAACUAAUAGUCAGCAUCAUUCAGUAAAAGCUAUUUUAAUCAGAGUCAAAUAAAAUAAAAUACCAGCAACUCUUAGCUGAAUAAUAGUCAAGGCGUUGCAGUCCUGGUAAAUGCUAUGAAUGCCAACAAGACCAAUUAAGUUCAAUUGAAUACUUAGACGAGUGUUAGUGAAUACGGAGUAACUUCUAUUACUGAAGUUACUAAUAAGGCUAAAAAUGCCACUAAAACUUAAUAAAAUGUGAUUAAGAAUAUAAAACUCAUUAAUCAGCAGAAAUCUGAGUCUUAAUUUCUGAUCACUGGAUAAAUUAAUAUUUUAAAUGCAAAAUCAUAAGAAAAGAUUCUUGAUAACGAUGCUAACCAAGAUAACUCUAAAAGUGGUACUAUUCAUUUACCAUUCUAUAGAAGAGCCAAUAAUCAGCAAGUUUCAAAGUUAUCUUAGAAUUUCAAUUUAACAAAGUAAAACAGCAACAACAGCCCGCUUAGAGUUUAUGGAUCAAUCUCCACAGGAUUGACUUCAAUGAAUACUGAUCAUUUGGCAAAUUAGACCCUAUAAAAAACAAAAAACAUAAAAAUUCUAAGUUACUACUCAGCAUAAAUCCCUGAUAAAGCAAGCUAGCCAGAUAAAUCUGGCAAAAGAGCGCACAGUUAUAAUUAAACAGAUUAAAAUAGUUUAUUAAGUUCAAUGCAUAGUUAAAAUAACCAAAACUCAGAAAAUAAUGCUAGUCAGUCAACUGCUUAGAAUAGUACUUAGAAAAAGACUAUUAAACUAAGUAAAUGUAAAGUCAAAUUGGAUAGAGUGAUUGUAGAUCAGAAGUAAACUACUCAAAAUAAGGCAGAAGAGGAGAAAUAGAUCUUGGGAAAGGCGCCAAGUAUAGUUCCAAUAAAAAAAAUAAUUUCAAAAUCAAACAUCAGAAUCCUAAAUAAAGUCUCAUCCUAAAAUGAAUCAUUAUCUAAAGAGAACUAGUAGACAAGAUAGAUAGAAAUUUAGAAUCUGAAGAAAAAAUCUCCUGUCAAGAUAAAGCUAAAAAUGUCGUAGAUAAUUGACAGAGAAAAUUUAAAGAAUACAAUAGUAUAACAGUAGUAAUAAAAAGCUAUUGAAGAUCAGGAGAUCGAUAUAUACCUUGAGGAAGAAAAGACUCUGUAAAAGCAGAUGGAAAGAGAUAUUAAAUGUUUGCAUAAAUUCUCUGAGAAGACUUUCAUUUCCCCAAAUGCAGAUGUAUAUCGCCCCAAAUCAACUUAACCAAUACAUAGAAAGUCUUUUUCAUUCAACUCACCUCAUUACCUAGGUGGGUUUUUGAAGAGAUUUAACGAGAGUUACUAAAAAGUAUGUUCUAAUUAAGACAUAAAUAGUAAUGAUAUAAGCAGAUUGAUCAAUGAAAGCUCAAUCAUUAAUAAUGAUAUCGAUCACAGUUUCAUGAAACUAGAGGAUCAAAGUUUUGUUAUAGCUAAUAGAUAUGCUACAUGA